UUCCCGGCCGGGAGGAGCGACGGGGCCGGCCCCUGCUGAGUGACGGCCGGGCCGGGCCCGGGGCCGGACCCCCGCCCCCCGCAGCGGUGGAGCCGGCGCGGGCAGGACGCGCCGCCCGGGCUCAGCUCGGCUCGGCUCGGCUCAGCUCACGGGUGCGGACCUGUUUCGGCAUAAAAGUGAGAUUCACGACAGUGCUCUAAGAUGUCUUACAGAAAGGAGCUAGAAAAAUACCGAGACCUGGAUGAAGACAAGAUCCUUGGAGCUCUGACAGAGGAGGAGCUCAGGAAGUUAGAAAAUGAACUGGAAGAGCUGGAUCCAGAUAACGCACUGCUGCCGGCAGGGCUCAGGCAGCGGGAUCAGACACAAAAGCCACCAACCGGCCCGUUCAAAAGGGAGGAACUCAUGGCCCACCUAGAAAAGCAGGCGAAGGACGUUAAAGACAGAGAAGACUUGGUUCCUUUCACGGGUGAAAAGAGAGGAAAAGCUUGGAUCCCCAAGCAGAAGCCGAUGGAUCCUGUUUUGGAAAGUGUGACUCUGGAGCCGGAACUGGAGGAAGCCCUUGCUAAUGCCUCUGAUGCAGAGCUCUGUGACAUUGCUGCCAUCCUUGGCAUGCACACCUUGAUGAGUAACCAGCAGUACUAUGAAGCGCUGGGGAGCAGCACCAUCGUGAACAAAGAAGGGCUCAACAGUGUGAUUAAGCCCACACAGUACAAACCAGUUCCUGAUGAGGAACCAAACUCAACGGAUGUGGAGGAAACUCUGAAACGAAUACAAAGCAAUGAUCCUGACCUUGAGGAAGUCAACCUUAACAAUAUUAUGAAUAUUCCCAUACCAACUCUAAAAGGUUUCGCAGAAGCGCUGAAAAAUAACACCUACGUGAAGAAGUUCAGUAUAGUUGGGACACGGAGCAACGAUCCUGUUGCUUUCGCACUGGCGGAAAUGCUGAAGGUCAAUAACACACUGAAGAGUCUGAACGUGGAAUCAAACUUCAUUUCUGGGUCAGGGGUCCUGGCUGUUGUUGAAGCGCUCCAGGGCAACACAUCGCUCGUAGAGCUGCGCAUUGACAACCAGAGCCAGCCCUUGGGCAACAAAGUAGAAAUGGAAAUCGCGAACAUGUUGGAAAAAAACACCUCCCUGCUGAAGUUCGGGUACCAUUUCACUCAGCAAGGUCCCCGGCUCCGUGCCUCCAAUGCCAUGAUGAAUAACAAUGACCUAGUGAGGAAGAGAAGACUUGCAGAGUUGAAUGGGCCUAUUUUUCCCAAGUGCAGAACUGGAGUGUAAUUCCUGGUUAUGGAGGUCAUUCCCGGUGAUCUGUGCUACACUGUGGAAAUCUAAAGGCAAUAAGUGCCUUGACAGAGUAUUUGUGGUGCCUCGGUUCUGGUUUAUGCACUAACAGUUUAAAUUAACUAGUGGCUGUAGUUGAAGAUUUUAUGCAGUAGGACUGUUGAUGUUUUCUGUAGAGUUGAAAACUAUUCAAGCCAAUUUUAUUCAAUCUCAGUUUAGACUACAUCCCAGUGUAAAAGUGACUCUUAAUUAACCUGGGACCUAAUUUUUCUAUAAACUUCCUGCACAGUGUUUCAUACAGUUAGGAUGUGGUAUGCAUGAGUGAAAGAUACAACUGAUCCACACAAAUUAUAAAAGUAUUAAAAAAAUACUUUAUUUUUUUUUUCAAAUUGAUCUCAAGUAACUAUAGAGAAGCAACUAGUUUAACAAGCACUUCUACUACUUCUAAACAUGGCUAAUUUCAAGAAUUGUGAAUUACAAUUUUUUACCAUUUGCUGAGUCGAUCAGUUGGAGAUGCUGUUUCAAAUGCAUCCCUGUGUUUCUUAGAAAAAAAAUUGAACUCCGCCCCCUGAUUAAAUGGAACGUAAGGCCACCAAUUAUAAAACAGAGUCUCAAAAAUUGAGCUGUUUAGGAUAGGUUAAUAUCCUUCUAUCCUAUGCAUGUCUGAAGAAAACCAUCACCCUUAGAUAUGUGAUGCAAAUCUUAACCCCAUAGAGACAGCCAAACUAAUGAGCAAACUGGAAUCCUCUCUUCUAAUCCCCACUCCCUUCAGUUUCCUAAUGUUAAAAGCAUAUUUCCAGUGCAUAUCUGGAUACAAGUCAAAUUCUCUCUCUUCACUGUUCUGUCUAGCUGACCGUGUCCAUUAAUUAAAUUUUCUUCUGCUAGGGAUUGUUUCUCCUGCUGCCGUCCCUACCAUCUGCAUAAAUGCAACAAUAAAUGCUGUGCCCUAGAAAAGCUGUUAAGUGAAAUCCCCCAACCCUGAAGUUACACUGCAUACAGUCUGACAGCUUUUUGUCAGACAGCCUACCACCCAUCAUCUAGCCUGGGAGGAAUUCCCCGCAGGUUUGCAUAGCUCCCAGACAUGCAGUGGACUGGACCCAGCACUAUCCCAUCCAAAACUCCCACUAUUAACCUGGGAGGGAUCCUGCUCAGCAGGAAGAGUCUCCUGGCAGAAGCAUUGCCGUACUGAAGCCUUAUUUUUGGACUGAUGGCAACAUCUCCUAGCAAAUGUUCUCACUUGCUAGAAAUCUGCCUGUUAAGAGGGAAGUUUUGCAGCCUUUUACACGAGUUCCAGUAAAAGUCUCACAGAUUUCUUCAGAGCUUGUGUGCAAAUACCACAUAUGAUUUAGCUCUGACCAGUGAAGCAGAGAAACACUAUACUUUCGGCAAUGUGGGAAACAUAUUUGUUGCUCUUCAAAUCUUAAUAAAUGUGCCAGUGGUGUCAAAUAAAA